AUGACCCUAAAAGUUAGGCAGCUGAAGCCUCCACCCGGAGCACAGCCUCCCUCCUGUCUCUCACCGCAUGCAUGCACACACACACACACACACACACACACACACACACAGGGACAUACACACUGUUCUCCUGAUCUAGAGGUGGGUGACUGGAGAAGCAAGCGUCUCUGCGGUCAGCUCCAGGGUCGGGGCGGCGCGGCGGCCUCAGCAGCAGUAGGAGAGCGGCGGCGGCGGCGGCGGCGGCGGCGGCGGCAGCCAGGACUCUGGAGUCAGAGUAGGACUGUAGGAUCGCAGCCCGAGUGGGAACAGGAGUGGAGCUGGCCUGGGAGAGGAGUGCAGCCCUCGAGGGGCCCUGAGGCCACCCCUUGCCCACACUCCCACUGCCAGACCUCCAGGGAGGAGAGACCCAGGACACCCAGCCCCAGAGCCCCCAGCCUCAGGAUGGCGUCCUCCCUGCUUGAGGAGGAAGCUCACUAUGGCUCCAGUCCCCUGGCCAUGCUGACGGCAGCUUGCAGCAAAUUUGGUGGCACCAGCCCUCUGCGGGACUCAGCGACACUGGGCAAAGCAGGCGCCAAGAAGCCAUACCCUGUGGGCAGUGACCUUUCAGCCCCGAAAACCAUGGGGGAUGCCUACCCAGCCCCCUUUACAAGCACUAAUGGGCUCCUCCCACCUGCAGGCAGUCCUCCUGCGCCCACCUCGGGCUAUGCCAAUGACUACCCUCCUUUUUCCCAUUCGUUCCCUGGGCCCACAGGCACCCAGGACCCUGGGCUACUAGUGCCCAAGGGCCACAGCUCUUCUGACUGCCUGCCCAGUGUCUACACCUCUCUGGACAUGGCACACCCCUACGGCUCCUGGUACAAGGCAGGCAUCCACGCAGGCAUCUCACCGGGCCCAGGCAACGCUCCUACUCCUUGGUGGGACAUGCACCCUGGGAGCAACUGGCUAGGUGGUGGGCAGGGCCAGGGUGAUGGGCUGCAAGGGACACUGCCCACAGGUCCGGCUCAGCCUCCACUGAACCCCCAGCUGCCCACCUACCCGUCCGACUUCGCCCCCCUUAAUCCAGCUCCCUACCCGGCUCCUCACCUCCUGCAGCCAGGGCCCCAGCAUGUCUUGCCCCAAGACGUCUAUAAACCCAAGGCAGUGAGCAACAGCGGGCAGCUGGAGGGGAGCGGUGGGGCCAAGACCCCCCGGGGGGCCGGCACUGGGGGCAGUGGCGGAUACGGAGGCGGUGGAGCGGGGCGCUCCUCCUGCGACUGCCCCAACUGCCAGGAGCUUGAGCGCCUGGGGGCGGCAGCCGCUGGGCUGCGGAAGAAGCCCAUCCACAGCUGCCACAUUCCCGGCUGCGGCAAGGUGUACGGCAAGGCGUCGCACCUGAAGGCGCACCUGCGCUGGCACACGGGCGAGCGGCCCUUCGUCUGCAACUGGCUCUUCUGCGGCAAGCGCUUCACCCGUUCGGAUGAGCUGGAGCGCCACGUGCGCACCCACACCCGGGAGAAGAAGUUCACCUGUCUGCUCUGCUCCAAGCGCUUUACCCGGAGUGACCACCUGAGCAAACACCAACGUACCCAUGGCGAGCCAGGCCCGGGACCCCCUGCCAGCGGCCCCAAGGAACUGGGGGAGGGCCGCAGUGCAGGGGAAGAGGAGGCCAGUCAGACGCCCCGACCUUCAGCCUCCCCAGCACCCCCAGAGAAAGCCCCUGAAGGCAGCCCAGAGCAGAGCAAUUUGCUGGAGAUCUGA